AUGGUUAAUGUCAUUCCAGGCCCCAAGACGCUGCAAGUUCCAGGCACCCACCCCGACCUUCCUGCACCCACACCCAGGCCCCAGUCAGGGAUGGAGGAUGGCAGAGAUCACAGGGUGGGGGUGGGGAGAAGGAGAUGUGGACAGCGGGGAUCUUCUAAGUCUGGAAAGUUGAAAGGAGAUGACCUUCAGGCCAUUAAGAAGGAGUUGGCUCAGAUAAAACAAAAAGUGGAUUCUCUACUGGAAAACCUGGAAAAAAUAGAAAAGGAACAGAGCAAACAAGGAGUAGAGAUGAAGAAUGAUAAGUCAGAAGAGGAGCAGAGCAGCAGCUCCCUGAAGAAAGAGGAGACUAAUGUGAAGAUGGAGUCUGAGGGGGGUGCAGAUGACUCUGCUGAGGAGGGGGACCUACUGGAUGAUGAUGAUAAUGAAGAUCGGGGGGAUGACCAGCUGGAGUUGAUCAAGGAUGAUGAAAAAGAGGCUGAGGAAGGAGAGGAUGACAGAGACAGCGCCAAUGGCGAGGAUGACUCUUAAGCACAUAGUGGGGUUUAGAAAUCUUGUCCCAUUAUUUCUUUACCUAGGCGCUUGUCUAAGAUCAAAAUUUUCACCAGAUCCUCUCCCCUAGUAUCUUCAGCACAUGCUCACUGUUGUCCCCAUCCUUGUCCUUCCCAUGUUCAUUAAUUCACAUUGCCCUGCGCCUAGUCCCGUUUUCACUUCCUUUGAUGCUCCUAGUAGUUCUGUUAAGUCUUACCCUGUAAUUUUUGCUUUUAAUUUUGAUACCUCUUUAUGACUUAACAAUAAAAAGGAUGUAUGGUUUUUA